AUGAAAAGUUUAUUAAUAACACUCUUCUCUGUGAUAUCUGCAUAUUAAUAUUACACAUAUCAAGAAAUCAUUGAUACAUUUAAAAAACUUGAAAAAGAACAUUCGGAUGUCUUCUAACUUUAUUAUCCAAUAGAAAAUUUAGAAAAUUUAAGAUAUUUAGACUGUGGUGAUGAAGAAUGCUAAUUUUUUUAUGCAGAAUUUGCUUAGAAUCCAAAAGCAAAUGAUUUACCAACUGUAUUAAUAGCUGCAGGAUUUCAUGGAGAUGAAGUUAUAGGAUAAAAUGUAGUAACAGAAUUAGCUAAAUAUCUUACAAGUGAAUAAAAAUUAGAAUUUUUAAAUAAUAGAAGAAUAAUACUUUAUCCUAUGGUAAAUCCAUAUGGAUAUUAUCAUAAAGUAAGAGAGGAAAUGGGAAAAGAUGCAAAUCGAGAUUUUAAUGUUGAUAAUCCCUCUAGUAUUUGUUUUUAAACAAAUGCUGCUAGAGCUUUGGCUUAAGUUUAUAACAAAUAUAUUAUUUAAUUGGGAAUAACUUUUCAUGGUGGUGAUAAUGUAAAAUUCUUUCUUAUUAUAUAAGAGUAUUUCUUAUUCAUGGGGAACUAAAAAUCAUUUAUAAAAUAGAUUAGCUACUGAAUCCCCAGAUGAUAAAGCUAUGGAAAUGAUUGCUAAAAUUAUGAAAGAUAUUUCUUUUGAAAAUACUCAUUUACAAAUUCAACUUUAUUAAAUAGGUAGAAUGACUGAUUAAGUUUAUGCAGUAAAUGGAGGAUAUGAAGAUUGGGCAUAUGCAGCUGCAUGGGAUAAAACUAAUAAUUGUGGUAACAGAAAAUCUGAUGAAUAUGUUAAACCAUCUUCUAAUGCAAGAGCAAUUACAUAUCUUAUUGAAGCUGGAUUAGAUAAAUAACCUCGUGAUUCUACACUUGGAACUAUUGAAAUUACCAAUCAAUUACUAGAAAAUUGGCCUCCUUUGUAUUUCUAUGAUUCAAAAUUAUUAAAUUAAUAUAAAUAAGGUUAUGGUAACAUUAAUAGAAAUAUUAUGGCUUCCCUAUCAUUAAUUGAUUUAGUUAAACCUUAUUUAAUUUUGAAAUGGGAUGGAGAAAGAGAAUUGAUUUUAAAUUUUGGUGGUUGCUAUUCAGUUACCUAAUUAACAAUCGUAAAAAGUGAUAAAACUAGUGUUUUAAAAGCAUAAAAUACUACAGGAAUUUGGAACCAGGAUAAUAAAGGCUACCCACUUAAAAAUAUUUCUAAAAAUGAUUUUUUUGAAAUUAGUUAUCAAUGUGAUGUAGAAAUUUUCAAAACUUAAAAAAAUCCAGAUCCUAAAAUCCCUCCUCAAUCAUAUUAUGUAUAAAGUAGAAUUAAUUCAACAUAUGAAUAUUCAUAUGAUUAAUACUUAAUUCAAAAUACCAAUAAAAUUAUUUUCAGAAUUAAUAUAAGUGAACUUAAUACAGAUAUUAAUACAAUAUUUGACAAUUAACAAGUCUCAUUUUUUGAUACAUCAGAAGCCCUGGAGACUUCAAAUUAAGAAAUUGAAACAUAAACAAAUACAAAUAAUAAAAAACCAUAUAUUUGGUGGUUACUAGCUAUUUUCAUAAUGUUAAGUUUUGUUUUGACAAUAUUGCUUUAUAAAUAUUGUUCAAAGAAAUAGGAGGAAGAGGUUAUAGAAAUGUUUACAAUUUAAAAUGAAGCUAAGUUGUGAAUUAUAUUUAAUAAUUUUUAUUUU